CUGGCGCACGGUCGCAGUGUGAUGUGAAUCUGAGGGGGAAAAAAAAAAACACUGGCAGAAUAAAGAACUGUGUAAAUGAUUGGGAUAAAGCAGAUAUUCCUGCUUCUGCUGUGUCCGUGUGAGCACAGAUAUGAUCCUCCAGCGUGUGUCAGCUUCCAGCAGCAGGACUAAUGGCUAGAAUAAACAGGACGUUUGUAUUGACUCUCCUCAUCGUUGCCAGCUCAAUAUUCCUCCUCUUCCAGCUCUUCAACUACAGACAGUAUUCAUCAAAGAAUGGACUUAACGCGUUCAAUAGUAAAGGAUAUCUGUCUGGAAAAGAGGCACAUUGGCAUUUGCUGAAGAAGUUCCUGGGUCUGGUCCAUAAGUUUAAAUUGCCUGUGUUUCUGGUAGACACAGAAUCUCUGAACCUCUUGUCCCAGGAUGCAGUUCUCUACAGGGACAGUCAAGUGAAAGAGCCCCACUGCGGUUUCCUCUGCACACACAGGGACUUCACCACCUUUGCACUUCUCGGGAAUCUCUGGAAAUACGAUGCUGCCUUACUGGACGCGGCAGCGGAGCGAGGUCUGGAGCUCCUGGAGAUUCAUGGGAAAGACCCCAGACUGAUCAGCAUGGAUGAUCUGACAGCAAAAGAAAUACCGCUUCACUUCCUGUUCCGCUUUAACAGCCGUCUGGUUCAUGUGGUUGUUCUGUAUGAGCGCAGUGGGAAGUACCUCUGGCACGGCCCUCUCAGGCUGAGAGGAAGCAUGGACAGGACAUUCGCCCCUUUCGGAAAACUGGAUUUUGGCCGUCAUGCUGGGGCCUAUGACAGGCCAGAGCUCAUUCUGACCACUCUUGAUGGGCUUGAUGUAAGAAUCCCCAAAAACUACUCUCGUUUCAUCCAGGAGCAUUCUAGCAGUCGCUUUCUGGAGUGUCGCUGCAGAGAAGCCAAGGCCUUUUACCAGCUGUAUCCAGAAGACACCUCUACGGAGGCUAUGGACUUUAGGAUGAGGGCUAAAAGCCUGCUUCAUCUUGCUUCCAAAGUCCUCUCUGUGCUUGGAGUACCGUUCUGGCUCAGCAGUGGAACCUGUCUUGGUUGGUACAGGCAGUGUAACAUCAUUCCUUACAGUAAAGAUGUCGAUCUGGGCAUUUGGAUUAAAGAUUACAGGCAUGACAUCACUCAGGCGUUUCAGAAGGCUGGUCUCCCACUGAAACACAAGUUUGGGAAGGUUGAGGACAGUUUGGAGCUCUCCUUUCAGGGAAAUGACGUGAAACUGGACAUUUUCUUUUUUUACGAUGAAGGUGAUAUUGUCUGGAAUGGAGGCACGCAAGCAAAGAGCGGCAAAAAAUUCAAAUACAUGUUCCCACGAUUCAGUCUGUGUUGGACUGAGCUGAUGGAGCUAAAGGUCAGAGUUCCUUGCGAAACCGGGGACUAUGUGAUGGCCAACUAUGGACCCAACUGGAACGUUCCUGUGAAAACCUGGGACUGGAAGACCUCUCCGUUCAACGUACAGGAGAAUGGGGUCUGGCCUGUGAGGGAAUGGGAUGAUGUCAUCCAAGUUUACUGAAGACAUCAUGGAAGUUAAAGGAAUAGUUCGCCCAAAAAUGAAUACUCUGUCAUCGUUUAUGUACCCUCGAUCAGUUCAAAACUGGUAGGAAUUUCUUUAUUUUGCCGAACACAACGGAAGAUAUUUUGAAAAAAGUUUGUUUUACCAGGGUGUUUUGGGUCACCAUUGACUUCCAUAGUGGGGGGAAAAAAAGUGGAAGUCAAUGGUGACCCAAAACGAUGACAAGAGUUUUCAUUUUUGGGUGAACUAUUCCUUUAAUGUAUUUAGUUAUAUAUAUUAAUAUGAGUCGUUGCAGUUAUCUUAAGCUACUACUAAGUUUAAAUGUUUCAAUGUUCCUUUAAAAGUCUGCAGACCUUGACUGUAAGAGAACAUUGAAAACAGAAGAGAUGUUAACGUGGUGAAGAGGUUUGUUUUAUUCAUGUAAAUCUGUCCUGUAAAGAGGGUGGUUUUAGGUUUGAUUUGAGAAUGUGUAAAUAAAAUGCUGGUGUGUCCUCGGUACGGUUUUGUUUAAAUUGAAUAAUAAACUGCUGUGUGAACUAUU